AUGAAGAUAUCACAAGACAAAGAAAAUUAUAAAAUAAGCGAGGAAGACUGUCUGAACUUCUCCACAGUUCCACCAAUAGCGAUGAUGAUUACGUGCCCACUCUUCUCUAAAUUGUGUGACAUCAUAGGGCGAAAGCCAGUUUUUCUUCUGUCAGCAAUUCCUCAGCUUCAAGCCUGGUUGAUAAAAGCGAUAGCGAAAGACUUGCACCACUUCUACAUUGCUAGAACUCUUGUGGGCAUCGGAGAUGGUAUAUUACUAGCCUGUACACCAAUGUACAUUGGGGAAAUUGCUUCUCCAAAUAUCAGAGGAACGUGGGGAAUUGCUCCAGUUUUGUGCCUUUAUGUAGGAGAGUUGAUGAUUACAAUUCUUGGAAGUUAUCUCAGUAUCGAAAUAACAUCCUUCGUCUGCGCUCCUCUUCCUAUUCUAUUCGUUUUAUCGUUUUCAUUCAUGCCAGAAUCUCCAUAUUACCUCGUGAUUGCGGGUAGAGAGGAAGCCGCAAAAGCUUCCCUCAGAAAGUUUACUGGUAAACAAGACAUUGAAGAAGAUUAUUUGGAGAUUAAAGGUAGCAUAUCACGUCAAAUGUCUGAGGAAUCAACGUGGAAAGCUCUCUUCGUUAUCAACAGCAGUCGCAGAGCUCUUGCUGCUGGUGUGUUUCUCAGGGUAUCUCAGAUGCUGGGUGGUGCAACAGUGUUCAUCAACUAUACCCAGUACAUUUUCUUGAAGUCAGGAGGAAAUGUUAGCCCAGAGGUGUCGUCCAUUAUCUACAUGGCGUUAUGGUUGUUCUUCAGUUUAGGAAUGACCAAUUUUGUGGAAGGCUUUGGAAGAAGAAGAGCCUACAUGGUAUCCUUAGGCUCAUGUAGCGUUGUAUUAUUACUCGAAUCUAUUUAUUUUUACAUAGAUCCAACUUCUUUUAAGUGGUUCCCACUCGUUGGAAUGGUUUUUUAUAUCAUUUUCGCUUCUUUUGGCUUGGCAACUAUACCCGCUCUCAUGACAGGGGAGCUAUUUUCUGCUAGUAUCAAAGCGAAAGCUGUGAGUCUUCUUAUCAUUGUGUUCGGCUUGAUGUCUUUUUUAUCCUGUAAAGUCUUCUCUUUUCUCAACUCGAAGUUUGGAUUUUAUGUUCCUUUUUUAUUUUUCUCUUGUUGUACGUUAGUGUCCACAUUAUUAGCUUAUUAUAUACUACCAGAAACAAAAGGAAAAACACUCGAAGAGGUUCAGCUGUGUUUGGAGUUAGGUACGAGGAAAGGAAUGGAAAAGGAGCACUUGUUUGACAUCAAGGAAAUUGAUUUUGUCAACAGGAAUUAA